AUGGCGCAUCGUGCGGCUCAAACGUGGCAACCGCAGAAGUAUCUCAAGUUCGAGCGAGUCCGACUGCGCCCCGCGCUCGAGCUACUGGAGCGCGUCCGAGAGCUGCCAUCGACCGCGUCGAGUGGAGACGAUGACGUAGUGGAGAUCAUAGAUUUGGGUGCUGGCACGGGGAAUAUGGCCCCCUCCUUCUUUAAACGGUGGCCAAGGGCACGUGUGACGUUCGUAGACUCGUCGGCUUCAAUGCUGGAGCGUGCGAAGCAGGAGCAUAGUGUCGAUGAUAAUGUCAAAACCGAGCAAUGCGCGUACCUGGAAGCUGAUUUCGAGAGCUUCCAGCCGGACAAGCCAGUGGAUCUCAUCUUCUCCAAUGCUGCACUCCACUGGGUGAGUUCCGAGCGCCACAAGCAGCUCCUACCGCGGUUGUUCUCCUUCCUGAAGCCUGGAGGAACCCUCGCCUUUCAGAUUCCAGAUACACGCCUGCAACCGAGUCACCAGUUGAUCGCUGAAGCUGCGAAGCAAGUGGGUCAUUGGGAUCGUGUUGCUGAUGUGCGUUGGGUCACUUGCGAGCGUGAUCCUGGCUUCUACUAUGAGCUUUUCAAAAGUAUCGACAAGGAUAUGGAGCUAGACAUGUGGGCAACGAUGUAUGCGCAAGUGCUAGAGGGGGACAACCCCGUCGCGGACUUCGUGGGCUCUACUGGACUUCGUCCGUUCAUGGAGGCUCUGGCUGAUCCGUCCACGGCAGCCUCGGAGUUCGAGCACAAGUACCGCGAGCUGAUCGUUGCAGCAUACCCGAAGCAAUGCGAUGGACGCAUGAUCUUCAAUUUCAAGCGCUUCUUCGCUGUCGCUACGAAGCCACUGGAGGCAUGA